CUACAAUCACCUCUGUCUCUCUCUCUGCUUCACAAGCUCACAUUCCAUUGAUCCUUGCUGAACAAAGACAAAAGCUUAUUGGAUUUUUAGAUGCCUCACUUCACCCAAAUACAUCUCUCUUUUUAUAUAUUUUCACCAAAGAUAUCAUCUUCUUUUUUGUAAAUUAAAUCCAACCAUUAGAUACCCAUUUGUUCUUUUCUUUAAGUAAAUCCUCAACCAUAUACAUAUAUAUUUAUUAUAAUUAUUAUUAUUAUUUGUUUCUUGUAAUUUUCUUUGGUUAUAUAUGCUCUACUCUGCAUUUUCCUCUGUUUUUCAUGGCUGCUGCUCAAAUCUUUCAAAGCCUUGAGAACAACACCAACAAUGAAGUUAGCAGACAAGAGAUACAGGCUGCCAUUGCCAAAGCAGUCGAGCUUAGAGCUCUCCAUGCUGCUCUGAUGCACGGAAACAGCCCUGCCAAUCUCAAAUUCCCAUCUUCUUCCCCUUUUUCACGCCCUCUUUCUCAGUUCUCUGCUCAAGAUUACCCUGUUUUUACUCCAACUUAUGAAGAAGAACCAUUGCCAGGGCAUCAGGCUCUGCCAAAAUCAACAACAUUAUCAGAAAGUUGGGAUGAAUAUGGGCUAGAAGGAGGGAAUGGCUAUGAAACUGUUUUAUCAGAUUAUAAGAAGGAGAAUUCAUCUUCAAAGAAAGGAAUUUCUUCUGGUUUGGCCAGUUUGGAAUCUCACAGUUGUCCUGCUGAAGAUCAAAAAUCUCUCACAGGUUCUUCUGCUAACAAUAUUACUGUGCUUCACACAUCACCCGGAACAGAAUUCUACAAGUCCAGUAGGAGAAAUAGCUUGGCAGACUUCAAACCUGUACCUUCCUGCAAUAGGUGCAAGCUAGCUACUAUUACCUCUGAGUCCGAAAAUGUAACCAGGAACAGCAGGAAUCCUAACGUUGUUGUUCCAUGGGCAGAUUCUCUUUCACCGGCACAACCACAACCGAGAAAUCGUGGAAUGAUUUCAUGGUUAUUUCCAAAGUUAAAGAAGAAGCAAAGGAGUGAGAACUCACCCAACCGGACAGAAUCUGAGGACGUUUCUCAAAUUUUCAAGGACCUGGGGGUACUGUCAAUUGAAACAUUGAAGAAAGAGUUGACAGAAGCAAAUGAGUCUCGAGAUGCAGCCUUAAUGGAGGUAGCUGAGGUGAAAUCUUCGCUAGGGGAACUAAAGCAGAAGCUCGAGUACUUGGAGAGUUACUGUGGAGAGUUAAAGAGGGCUUUACGCCAAGCUACAUUAGCAAAAGGUUCACAAGUAAUUGAAAAGCUGGGAAACUUCCCCAAGAGAGGGAAACUCAAUGAUGGAAAUGGAGAAAACUCGAUGCCUGUAAGCGAAGAGGUAAUGGUGGAAGGCUUUUUGCAGAUUGUAUCAGAAACAAGAUUGUCAGUGAAGCAAUUCUGCAAGACUCUAGUAGGGCAGAUAGAGGAAACAGAUAAUACUCUUAUGGACAACUUGAACUUGCUUCUCCAGCCAUACAAAUUGUCUCUGAAUUCAAGGCACUCCAAGGCAGUACUGUACCAUUUGGAAGCCAUCAUUAACCAAUCUCUCUACCAAGAUUUUGAGAAUUCUGUAUUCCAAAAGAAUGGUUCACCGAAGCAUUUAGAUCCUCAACAAGAUCGCCAGGCACAAUUUGCAUCGUUUGUUGCACUGAGGAACCUAAGCUGGAGUGAAGUUUUAAGGAAGGGAACUAAGUAUUACAGUGAAGAGUUCAGCAAAUUUUGUGAUCAGAAGAUGAGUUGCAUUAUUACAACAAUGAAUUGGACAAGACCAUGGCCUGAACAGCUUCUUCAAGCUUUCUUUGUAACUGCUAAAUGCAUAUGGUUGCUUCAUUUGCUUGCUUUUUCAUUCAGUCCACCACUGGGAAUCUUAAGGGUUGAAGAGAAUAGGAGCUUCGAUCUAUAUUACAUGGAGGAUAUGUUUGCGGAUAGACAAAAAUCAAAUGGUCCAAGCAGGGUUAAGAUAAUGGUGAUGCCAGGGUUUUAUGUUCAGGACAGGGUUUUAAGGUGUAAGGUUAUUUGUCGGUACAGGUCCGUAGCUUAAUUUAUCAAGUAGUUCAGAAUUUUUCUUCUUGUUUGGUGGGUUUUAGAAGUGAGUCUGCAAGGCUAAAAUUCAUAUAUUAAUAAAAAGUUGAAAUGGGUUUCUUUAAUAAUAGCAAAGCGGGGCUGGCAUUGGGUUCA